CGCCGUGCGCCGGCGUGCGGGGGGCAUGGCGGCGGCGGCGGGGGGCGGCGCGGAGCGGUACUUCACGCGCUGGUACAAGCCAGACGUGAAGGGGCGGCCGUGCGAGGACUUCUGCGUGCUGCAGCACUCCAACAGAAUCUGUGUCAUCACCUUGGCAGAAGCCCAUCCUCUUCUUCAAAAUGGAAAAACAAUUACAAGCAUUAAUUACCAAAUCAGUGCCAACUGCAGCAGGCUCCAGAAUAAGGUCUCUGGGAAGUCAAAAAGGGGAGCUCAGUUUUUAACAGAACUUGCCCCUCUGUGCAGGAUAUCUUCAUCAGAUGGAGAGGAAUACACCAUUUAUAGCUGUAUACGAGGGCGUCUGAUAGAAGUGAAUGAAAACAUUCUUAGCAAUCCAGCUCUUCUACAAGAAAAGCCAUUGACCGAGGGAUACAUUGCAGUGGUUCUACCCAAAUUUGAAGAAAGCAAGAGUAUAACUCAAGGACUUCUGACGCAGAAGGAAUAUGAGGAAGUGUUGUCGAAACGUCUUAAUUCUUCUUCAUGAAAUUAAUUAUAUAGGGUCAGAGGUAGCAUAUUGUGUUUGAAGUCACAGAACUGCACAACAGGAGAUGUGGAGACAGGAGAUCAUUUCACACCCAAGUUCCUCAACACUACUAGUUCAGGAAAGAAAGCAAGGAGAGGAAAAAAAAUCAAGCCGGAGCUUACUGUACCUUCUGAGACCAUUCUUCCCUUUUAUUCUACCCAUGAAAAGAUUCAGUACGCAGCAAGUGAAUCAAAAGACUGAUUACAUGAUAACAACAAGGUUUAGGAGGCUUCUUAACACACAAAUGCUCUCAGAAACAAUGUAGUAUCAAUUAUAGUCAGCUAAGGAUAUUAAUUACCUCACAACUAAACCUGGGCAUUUGGUGUAGCUUUUUUUUUUUUUCCUCGGCAUUAAAAACAUUUAAGAUCAAAGAAGGAAACAAGAAUUAAUUAUCUGAAGAGCCUACAACAGUAGGCUCAAACAUGUCCAUUUGUUCCAAAUGGGUCAACUCGGGCAACAACAUAAAAAAUAUCAGAUUACCAAGACUUAUUUUCAGUAUGUUGCAACGUAUUCUCACUGUUUUAAUGGUAACAAUGCGUUUUUUUAUUAUAUAGUGUGACAAUCUAGUACAUGGUAAAAAACCGAGUCAUUAUAUAUGGAACAGGAAUUAAAGCUCAUGUACAAAGUGAUUAAAGCAUAUUAAUAUAACUAGUUACUCUGGUUUUCAGUAUGUUUGUUACUCAUUUAUUAAACUGAUGGUUUGAAA